ACUCUCCCCUAAAGCAACUGAGACGUUCGUUGGUGAACUUGUGGUAUCAUAGCAUUGGAGAACGUCGACUAGUUCGAUUUAUACUAAUAUAAACCAAUGGACGUAUCUGCGAGCUAUCGUGGUCACCCAGAAGUUAUUAUGAUGCUGCGAUGUGGUGCUUUCACGCUCCAUCGUCCAUUUGUCCGAUGUGGUAUGGCAGAAGUCGCUUCGAAGCGGGGCGACGUACCCGGAGCAUGCUGUACUCGGUUCCUUAACGUCUAAUCAUGCACGUUGAUUGGCUGUGUGGCUUGUGCUAUCACACCAUCGGGAAAGGCCUUAUCAGGAAGAGUUCAAUUGCGGCGAGACGGCAGUCUAAACGACUUCCUCGUGGCUCUGAUGGCCGACAAGAGACGCAAGGCCACGAGCACAAAGCGGAAGGAGGAAAUCAGCGAGCUGAAAGCGGAGAUCCGCAACCUGCGGUCCGAGUUGGAUCUCAAGUCUGAGUUAAAAGAGCUACAGGGACUGGUUAAAGCUCCUCCAGUGGACGUAGUGGUCUCUGAGAACAUAAAUUUGUCCUCUGCGAUUCACCAGCAGCAGUUUGAUAUCGCCCGCGCGCACUCGACACUUCCCCCUCCAUUGGAGCUUCAUCCACUGUGCACGCGCAUCUGUCUGAAGAAAAGUUGGGACCAGCGAAGUGCGACUCUUUUGAGUCUACGAGAGCAAAAAUUUAGAGCUGCACACGAGUAUAUUACCAUUCGCAGUCAGUAUUCGUCCUCGUAUUCGAGCGACGAGCGGUUCGAGACUGCGAAUGGCGACGUGUGCUGCUCCAUCUUCCAGACUGUCCACUUUCCCGGCGUCAAGUCACUCAAGCAAGUGUACGACGCUGUUCUCUUCAGUAUGAACAACGUGGAGAUCAGUAUCUGCGAGAGACUCGGGCAUAUCACAACUCGAGACGACUAUGACUGUGUCGACAGUAGCAUCUACAACGCCAGGAUGAUUUCUACCGAUGAUAUGGGCGUUACGACUGAAGUGAGUGGCAUCAUGUUCUCCAGAUUCUUCGAUUCAGAUGAUAGAAGCUUUUCGGAUGCUCCGUGUGGGAUGCUCGUGAUCGAUUCGGUGGAUGAGGACGAGCUCUGUCCGUAUGUUCCUAGCGAGCGAGUACGCAAAGAUGUAUCUGCAGCCUUUGUACUGACAGCAGACCACCCGCAGCAUGAUACACUAGUGGUGACACUACGACGCGCAGCUUUUGUCAAGCUUCACUAUCCAGAGUUUGAGAUGUCCGAGGGGGUUUGGCAAGAAUUGCAGCAAGAUGUUGCACGGUGGGGAGAUGUUACGACUAGAGCCAUUCGCAGCGUCUUGUAUUCAGUACCGUAGUAAAGAUCAGAGAGAUUGAGAAGUAUUAGACGUUGCGCUACGACCUUCGAACCUCCUCGUAAACGAAAUCGCAUUCAGCAUCACACCGGCAGUAUAGGUAGUAAUUCUAUUCCUCGACCUUGAUUAUGAUAGAAAAAAAAUACUUACGUAAAAAAUAAUCAAAGUGCAUACAUUCGAGUCCAC